UCUAGCUAUAGCCACUUUGCAUCAACGAGCUCAUUGCCUUUCUUUGCAACUAAUAACUGAGCUAGCAAUGGGGAGGCAGCCGUGCUGCGACAAGGUGGGGCUGAAGAAGGGGCCAUGGACGGCGGAGGAGGACCAGAAGCUAGUCAGCUUCCUCGUCAACAACGGCCAGUGCUGCUGGGGCGCCGUGCCCAAGCUCGCAGGAUUGCUGCGGUGCGGGAAGAGCUGCCGGCUGCGGUGGACCAACUACUUGCGGCCGGACCUGAAGCGCGGGCUGCUGUCGCCGGAGGAGGAGGAGACUGUGAUCAACCUGCACGCGGAGCUCGGCAACCGGUGGUCCAAGAUCGCGUCGCAGCUGCCGGGGAGGACGGACAACGACAUCAAGAACCACUGGAACACACACAUCAAGAAGAAGCUCAGGAAGAUGGGCAUCGACCCCGCUACCCACAAGCCCCUCCAGCCCGCUCCUCCACAGCCAAAUGAGGAAGAGAAGGCCGCCGCCGCAUCAGCCAUCGUGUCAGGGGUUGAACUCGGGAACGAGGCGUUCUCCAUUAGUGAGGUGCCCAUGGUGCACCUCCUCGACGACGUCGUCCUGCCAUACGACCUCGUCGCCGGUGCACCACCGGCCAGUAACAGUGGCAUCGACACGGCUUAUUCGCCGGAGCCUUCCUCCUCCUCGUCGUCCUGCUCUGGCUCUGCAACAGCGUCGAGCUGUGCCAGCAGUGUGGUCGACGGAGAGUGCCGGAAUUGGCUGGAGUGGGCAGAGUCGAUGUUGCUGGACGACGUGGUCACGGGGCCGGCGCCGUGGACGUUCGAGGACCCCUUCGUCACGUACCAGAGGAUCGCGCUUUUCGAUCACCAGGAGACAUGGUGACCACGGGAACAUGCUAUUUACCAAGGCCAACGGUGUUCGAUCACCAGGAGUUGUGUAGUUUCAACUUCCAAGAGCGUCAUUGGUUCAACUUUGUCCUUAAGUCACCCGUGCCAUUGUCGUCCCUGAUCUAUUCCUCAUCGUGCCAUGGGCCAUGGCUAGAUCCAGCUACCCUUAGGCUUCUCCAAAUUUCUCUUGAUUUUAUUUUCCUUUUGAAGAGCUAGAACAUAUACAAAUUUCGUAGAUAACUUUAGAAUUUAAAUUACAAAGUUUUGGAUCUUUA